AAAACGCAAAGUGUUCGCUCUCGUUAAAAAAAAAAUAAAAAAAAAAUUCAUCAUGAAAGCACGUAUAUUACUCUGUAUAGUGCCGCUGGUCGUUUUGUUGUGCACACUGCCAGCAACUAUACAGGCACAACGGGAUAAUGAUCCCUGUCGUUUGUUCGCCAAUGGUACGAAAUUGCGCCAUCCGGAGGACUGCAGUCAGGAAAUUGUAUGCACAGAUUUUAAAUCAGUUGCUGGCACUAAAUGUACCGGCUCGAAACCAUUCUAUGACAAGGACACAUACAAAUGCGUGCCACAUUUAACUGAUCACAGUACCUGUGAGAUUAGUUGCAACAAUAUGAGCGGGAAAUUUGUGCAAGAUCCGAAAUCCUGCUAUGGCUACUAUUACUGUCAGGACGAAGAGUUGGCCUUGUAUGGUCACUGUCCACAAAACUUGCAUUUCAAUGAAAUCCAACAGGCCUGCAUCUACGAUUUCAUAUCGACUUGCAGAAUUAAUAAAUUGAACUUUUGUGCCAUUGUCAAGAAAGACGUGAAAUUUAUGGAUGAAGCGAAUUGCGGAAAAUAUUACGAAUGUGUUGAGAACAAGAAAACGAAAAACGUGACGCUUGAACAUAAAUUGUGUGAUACUAAAAAAAUGUUCUACAAUCCGGCCGUGGGAGAUUGUGUAGCAGGGCCCAUAGCCGGCUGUCAUCCAGUGCCAAAAGAUAUCUGUAAGAAAGUCAAGAAAAAUGAAUUUGUUAGCGAUACAGCCACUUGUGGUGGAAUGUUCUAUUGUGCUGACGAAAAGGAUGAAAAUCCUCAAUGGUAUCAAUGUCCCGAUAAUAAAUUCUUUAGUGCAGAGCAAAAGAAGUGUUUGGAUCCAUUGCAAGUUAAUUGCGACAAAGAUCGUUGCGAGGGUAGCAAACGAACGUUUGUGGUCAGCAACAAAAGUGGUUGCCGUGACUAUGUGGUGUGUAAAGAUGGUGUCAAAGUAGGCGAAGGAUCCUGCGGCAAUACAUUCUUUGAUGAGAUAAACGGUGUAUGUACCCCAACAAUUAUGACUUAUCCAGCUUGCUAUCACAAAUAAACGUACAAAUAUAUACAUAUGUACAUAUAUCUUAGUUCUAAAUAAAGUGUAAGCCAAUUUUUGUAUGGUAAUAUUAAAUUUAAACAAA